AUGUCAUCCAACGUCGAAGAAUUUCGACAAAUCCUCUCUUCGUCUGAGAAAAUUAUAGUAUUAUCUGGUGCUGGUCUAUCCGUAGCUUCUGGAAUUCCCACUUUUAGAGGUAGCGGGGGCCUCUGGCGUAAAUAUGACUCGGCAUCUCUAGCCACCCCUUCAGCUUUUGCUGAAAAUCAAGCUCGAGUCUGGCAGUUCUUUCAUUAUAGGCGAGAACAAGUCCUUAAUGUUGCUCCAAAUGCCGCUCACUACAUUCUCGCUCCAUUGACCAUUCCACGCAUUCGCCAGAGCAUCUCUCCCAAUUCCAAGUUUACGCACAUUACUCAGAAUGUGGACGGCUUGUGCACUCGCGCUCUCGAGGAAACCAUGAAGGAUUACCACGAGACAGAUGUCCCGUAUCCCAUAGAGAUGCACGGACGGCUCUUCGACGUUGUCUGUACCGCUCAUGACUGCGACUUUCGCGAAACAAACUACAACUCUCCAAUCUGUCCGGCUCUCAAAGGCACUGAGCUCGUAUUUGGAGCUGGCGGUCCUGAACCUAUGGUGCGCCGGUCGGACCUCCCUCGAUGCCCGAAAUGUGGCCAACUCUGUCGGCCUGGAGUUGUAUGGUUUGGCGAACGACCGCAUCGCAUUUAUGAGAUAAUGCGGCUAGCUGAUGAGGCUGAUCUCUGUAUCAUAGUGGGGACCUCUGCUGUUGUUCAGCCCGCGUCGAAGAUUGGAGGAAGAGUCAAGGCCCGUGGGGGCAAGGUUGCUUUGUUCAAUGUCGAACUGGGCAAUCAUGCCGAUGAAGCAGAUUUCGUGUUCUUGGGGCCGUGUGAGCAGAGCCUGACCGAGGUGCUUGGCAUUUGA